AGCCAUGGUUUUGCAGCGUGGAAUAAGUCUUUAUUCUUCAAUUGACUUACCAACAAAAAGCUUUCAAAUUUAAACAGAGCGACAACAAAAGUUAAAGACCCCCCUUCUCUCGUCUGAUCAUCAUCCAAGAUUAAUAUCCAAAUUGGCGGCCAUGAGCAUGAGGUUUCUUGAAAUGAUGCUUAUAAUGAUAUUGCCAGUGUUGCUGAUCAUAUCAUCAUCAUCAGCUGAACUAGUAGACCCACCCGAUGAUUGCAAUAAUAGUCAGAGUUGUGGAAACAUGGAAAUUGAGUACCCUUUUAGCACCUCAGAAAAGUGUGCCAUGGCCAGCAAAUUUUUCAUCAACUGUAGCACAGGGGAACCAAUACUAGGUAAUAAUCUCUUGGUUACCAACAUAUCCAUCCAAAAUCAUGAGAUAAGCAUAGAGGGUUACGUUGCAAAGGCUUGUUACGAUCAGAAGGGAAACAAGCCUUUCCUCCGGGUGCCUUCCUAUACCAUCUCCAGCUCCAAAAACAAGUUCAUUGUCAUCGGCUGCGACUCUUACGCCUAUCUUCUUGGGAGGUACCAGAAUGAUAACAAUAGCUACUCCAUCGGCUGCACAACUACAUGCACCGGCAUGGAAAGAGUCUCCGCCAAUGGUAUUUGUUCCGGUAUUGGUUGUUGCCAGACUGACAUCCCUGCUGGCCUCCAGAACACUGAAAUCAAAGCCUAUACCUUUUACAACCAUUCAAGGGUGAAGGAUUUCAACAACUGCACCUAUGCCUUCGUUGUCGAACAGGGUAGGUUCAAUUUCUACCAAUCUUUUCUUGAAAACUUCACUCCUGAGAGGCAACCACUGGUGCUUGAGUGGGCCAUUGAUAAUGAUACCUGUGGAGGGAAUGCCACUGCUUAUAACUUGGAAGGCCGCUCUGGAUACUAUUGCACAUGCAACCAUGGCUACUUUGGAAACCCAUAUUUAUCCAACAGUUGUACAGAUAUUGAUGAAUGUAAGACAUCUACCGCUCAUAGCUGCUCUGCAACCGAGAAGUGUGUUAACACACAAGGGGGUUUUAAAUGCGAGCGAAAAGAUCAACUACUAGUGAUUAAAAUCACCGUGGGAGUUGCCGCUGGCCUUGUUGCCUCAGUCAUAUGCAGCUCAUGGCUAUACUUGGUCUUCAAGAAGAGAAAGCUGAUCAAGCUUAAAGAAAAGUUCUUUCGGCAGAAUGGUGGAAUUAUUUUACAACAAAAACUCUACCAACAACAACAAUAUUCCAACGAGACUGCCAAGAUCUUUAGCGAACAGGAGUUGAUAAAGGCUACCCUUAACUAUGACACAAGUAUGAUUAUUGGACGAGGAGGUUUCGGUACAGUGUACAAAGGAUUUUUCGCAGACAAGAAGAUUGUUGCCAUCAAGAAGUCCAAGAAUGUGGAUCAAUGCCAAAUUGAGCAAUUUAUCAAUGAGGUGAUUGUGCUGUCCCAGAUUAACCAUAGAAAUGUUGUUAAACUGUUGGGUUGUUGUUUAGAGACACAAGUUCCUCUACUUGUAUACGAAUUCGUCCCGAAUGGCACUCUGUUUGAGCACAUACAUGAUGCUAACAAGGCAUCCAAUUUGCAUUGGAAAGUUCGUCUAGGAAUAGCAGCAGAAACUGCUGGAGCAUUGUCAUAUCUGCAUUCUGCAGCUUCAACACCAAUCAUACACAGAGAUGUCAAGCCCUCCAACAUACUACUUGAUAAUCAUACUGCAAAAGUUUCAGACUUUGGAGCGUCAAGGUUGGUUCCACUUGAUCAAAUUGAAGUUGCAACAAUGGUGCAAGGAACUCUUGGAUACUUAGAUCCUGAAUACUUGUACACAAAUCAACUAACGGAUAAAAGCGAUGUGUAUAGCUUUGGAGUUGUACUGGUGGAGUUACUUACAGGACGGAAGGCUGUGAUGUUCGAUAAGCCGGAGGAGGAGAGAAAUCUAGCUCAGUAUUUCCAUUAUUCCUUGAAAGAAGGUCGGCUUUUUGAAGUCGUUGAGAGUAAUAUAAACAAGGAAGAGAACAAGAAGCAAAUUAAGGAAGUGGCAGAGCUAGCAAACAGGUGCUUGAAUUUAAGAGGGGAUGAUAGGCCUAGCAUGAAAGAAGUAGCAAUGGAAUUGGAAGGACUAAGAAAAACAGAGAAGCAUCCUUGGGUUAAUGAGGAGGUGAAUAUGGAAGAAAUUGAGUACUUGCUUGCUGAGACAUCAAAUGCCAAUGAUGGCAUCAUUACAACUUCUGCAUAUGACAGCAUUGGAGACCAUGUAACAUUGGAGUUCUCUGGGAGAUGACCAGAUAUUAAGAAUCACUCGUACUGCUGUGGAUGUUAGAUCUGUGUCAUUUUUUUUUUUCCUUUAAUAAUAUCUGUAAUAAUUGUUACUUUUAUUUUUGUUUGAGACGUUAGAAUAAUUUUGUUUGAUAGCAAAAGUAAAAUUUCUUUUUGGUUAAUAUAUGAUUGGAUUAGCUAAAGAAAAUAAAAAAAUUAAGAUUAUGAUUGUA